CAAAGAUUGAUUCGCCAUUGAUAAGAGUUCACGACCACAGCACCGAACAGAGCAAAGAGCACCAGACACACCACCCAAAUGAUGGAGACCGAGCAAGCAGCAGAGCAGCCGCAGCAACAGCAAAAGCAGCAACAGCAACUACUCCACAAUGCGUCGGUCCCGUCUUCCUCCUCCUCCUCGUCGUCGUCGUCGUCGUCUCUGGUAGAAAUCCAGGUCUUUGUUCCCCCGUCCCGGUCCAUCGGUGGAAUUCGGUACACCCCCGACUCUCCCGCGUGGCACUGCUGCUUUUCGAAGAACGGCGAGUGGCUGGCCGCGUGCUUCGGUGCCCCCAACCCGUGCAUCCGUCUCUGGAGGCGGGAGCGGCGUCGGUCCCAGCAGCAGCAGCAUCCACCGGCACCGGCGACGUCCAGCACCGCGGCCGUGGCCCCCUCCGACGCCGACGGCGUCCGAACGCCAUCGAAAACUCCCAGGUGGGUCUUUCACUCCGCGCUGGAAUUCCACGAGCGGACCAUCCGCUGCGUCGAGUUCUGCCCCCUCUCGUCGUCGCCGACCCUGGCGGCCGCCUCCUUCGACGCCACCGUGACGAUCUGGGAGUACGAGAAAGGAUCGGACGCCUGGGAGUGCACGACGCAGCUGGAGGGCCACGAGAACGAGGUCAAGUGCGUGGCCUGGAACGCCACCGGGUCCCUGCUGGCGACCUGCGGGCGGGACAAGACCGUCUGGAUCUGGGAGACCUUCCUGGACGGCUCCAUCGGUGGAUCGGGGGACAACGCCUUUGAGUGCCUAGCGGUCCUCGAUGGCCACGAGGCCGACGUCAAGGCGGUCCGCUUCGCCCCGAGCCACGGCGCCUGGGGGGACGGCGACGAGCUCCUCCUGAGCGCCUCCUACGACGAGACGGUAAGGGUCUGGGCCGAGGACGACGGCGACUGGUACUGCGCCCUUUCCCUGGGGGACCUGCACGGGGACACCAUCUGGUCGCUGGCGGUGGCCCCGGGGGGCGGCCGCGUGGUCACGGCGUCGGCGGACGGGGGGCUGGCGAUCCUGCGGUGCUACACGGGCGCGGAAAAGGCCGGCAACGGCAACAACGACGACGACGGCAACGAUCCGCCCCACGGCCCGCGGGGCGCCCUGGCCUGCGUCGGCCUCCUGGCGGACGCCCACCCGGGAGCGGCGGUAUAUUCCAUCGACUGCGCCCCGGUCGGGGCCGGCCACGGCCGGAUGGUCUCGGGGGGAUCGGACGGCCGGCUGGCGAUCUACCGCGAGGUCCUCCGGGGCGGGGCCUCCGCCACUGCUCCGGGCCGGCCCCUCUUUGCCCUCGAUGCCUCGGUCGACGCCUCCGCGGGGGACGUGAACUGCGCCCGCUGGCACCCCCCGGACGGGUCCGUCCUCGCCUCGGCCGGGGACGACGGGACGGUCCGGCUGUGGCGGUACGAGCCGUAGCGCGAGCAAGAGCACCGCCUGCCAGGACGGGCGCAACCGCAACCGGCAACCACCAGAAGAACCACCACCACCACUACCCAACACAGCAAGCGCAACGCCCGGAGGGGUGCCCUGCCCCGCACACGCGAAGGAAUCCCGCUGCCGCGCCACGCGGCAACGAAGAGAACGAAACGGAUGGUACGUAUCCAUUCCGCUUGCGACGGCCGUCUCUGCGCAACGCGGUGCGGGCCGCAUCCUUCCUCUCUGAUGCCCCGAUCGGUGCCCCUGAUCGGGUCCCCUCGGGGGCUGCCGAUGCGGCGUCCGUUGCCUCGGGGGAUCGAAUCGACGAUCGUCCAAACCAAAGGAGGCAACAACAAAAACAACAUCCGCAAGAAACGGGAACGGCAAUCGGUUUCUUUUUUAAGAUAAAAUCCUACAGCAGUG